AUGCGGGACCCGUUCCGUGCUGCACAGCUAUCACGUUGCGCAUAUACGCCCUACAGCAUGGCACACGAAACCAUCACUAUCGCUGUCAUCUCCCUCCUAGUGCUCCUUUACCGCUACCUCAACCAGACCGAUGUCCCCAAGAUCAAGGGCCUGCCAGAGGUCCCCGGCGUGCCGAUCUUUGGCAAUUUAAUCCAGCUCGGCAAUAAUCAUGCAAAAGUAGCCGCCGAGUGGGCGAAGAAAUACGGGCCUGUGUUUCAGGUGCGGAUGGGCAAUAAGAGAAUUGUAUUUGCAAACAGUUUUGAAUCCGUAAAGCAACUGUGGCUGAAAGAGCAAUCCGCCCUCAUCUCCCGACCAACCUUCCACACCUUCCACAGCGUAGUGUCGAGCUCUCAGGGAUUCACCAUCGGAACUUCUCCCUGGGAUGAGUCGUGCAAGCGCCGUCGCAAAGCCGCGGCUACAGCACUCAACAAACCGGCUGUGCAGAGUUACAUGCCCAUCAUCGACCUAGAAGCAACCACGAGUAUCCAAGGCAUCUACAAUGACAGUCGCAAAGGCCGAACAGAUAUUAACCCAAUUCCCUAUUUCCAACGCUUCGCGCUUAAUACUAGUCUCACUUUGAACUAUGGCAUACGCAUUGAUGGCAAUAUCCAAGACAGUCUACUAAAGGAGGUUGUUGCUGUUGAGCGAGGCGUUUCUAACUUCCGAAGCACCAGUAAUAACUGGCAGGACUAUGUUCCGUUGCUGCGUCUAUUUCCCAAGGUGAACCAUGAGGCUGAAGAGUUUCGAGUUCGUCGCGAUAAGUACUUGACCCAUUUCCUAGAUCUUUUAAAGGAGAAAAUUGCAAAUGGCACGGAUAAGCCCUGUAUCACAGGAAAUAUCCUCAAAGACCCAGAAGUUAAUCUUAACGAAGCGGAGAUUAAAUCCCUUUGCCUGACCAUGGUCUCUGCGGGCAUUGACACUGUGCCGGGCAAUUUGGUCAUGGGCCUGGCCUAUCUAGCCUCUGAGGACGGCCAACGCAUCCAGAAGAAGGCUUAUGAAGAAAUUCUGAAAGUGUACCCGGAUAACGAUGCCUGGGACAAAUGUCUAGUGGAAGAGAAAGUACCCUAUGUCACGGCAUUGGUCAAAGAGAUCCUUCGAUUUUGGACGGUAAUUCCGAUCUGUCUGCCACGUAAAAGUGUCAAAGAAGUUACAUGGAACAAUAUCGUUAUCCCCGCCAAUACAACUUUCUUCAUGAACGCCUGGGCCGCUGACUACGACUCAUCCUACUUCAAAGAGCCUGAAAGAUUUAUUCCAGAGCGCUACCUCGACACCCCAGAAGCCAACCAGGGCACGCCACACUAUGGAUACGGCGCUGGAUCCCGCAUGUGCGCAGGAUCACAUUUGGGCAACAGAGAACUAUACACAGCUUUUAUCCGCCUUAUAGCCGCCUUCACUAUCCAUCCACCUUCCAAUCCGUCUGAUUUUCCGAUUCUUAACGCCCUCGAAUGCAAUGCCAUCCCUACAGCGCUCACUACGGAGCCCAAGCCGUUCAAGAUUGGAUUCAAGGCGAGAGACCCAAAGCUACUUGAGCAAUGGAUUGCGGCUAGCCAGGAACGAACCAAUGAUCUUUAA